AGAUACCCGUAGAAGGUAGGACGCUAGACCUAUGGUUCCUGGCUCCUUAUUGCAUAAAUUCCGAGGUAGUAGGCACUGAACACUAUCAAGAAAGAACGAUGAUGUCGGCUUUGACAUUACCUUGGUCAGGCGCUCUCAUUGAGCAGGCUCAUUGUGCAUUGAGGUCGCCCAAUAUAUUGUCCACUGUCUUCCAUAUCAUCAGUUCCAACCUCACGCUUCAGCAGCACCGGAUAUUUUGUCUUGGGUUUCAGCACAUACCCUAGGAGAACUCAUUCUUAGUGGGCCCAACCGUAUAUUUCUGUGGAAUUGCUCUAUAUAUCACGUCCAUUCACUUAUUUUAUCAUUUCACAGCCAUGCUGUCCUUUCGUAGUCGGACGGGCCGCAGCCAUAGUGGUUCACUAGAUUCCCAUGCAUCUCUUCCCCCUGCUGCCACCAUUUCAUCCUUCCGCCGCAUUCGCCGCAAGCCAAUGCAUUCCAGCAUUAACAAAAACUCAUUGCGAGGCCGGCUUAAGGGCAUUACGGAGAAUUUCACCGGGAAACGUCGCUCAAAACGUAAGGGAGCUCAGAUGCCCUAUAAGCUUGACCCAUGGUACACAUUGGAACCCAAUGACGACCUCUUACGCCCGGUAUCUACAAAUAUCCAGCACGUCGAGAUGGCAGGGCAGACCUGGCCGGCGAUACGAAAAAGUAUCAGUUCCAUGGCCUCGUCUCUUCGGACUAAUCAUAACUCUGUAGGCCUAAGCAGUCCUGAGGGUCCAUCUCAUCAGUCUUCAACCCGACAAUCGAAAAUCAGCUUUAGAGCUUCUCAGAGACACGCUAGACGUUGGGUCACGAUGACAACUCGCGCGCCACCUGUGGCAUUUAGACAGCCUACUAGCCGUGCCAGGCGUUCUAGCUUCAGUACAAUAUCUGAAAUAGUUUCCAGGCAACAAUACGAAUCGGUCCCUCAGUUACCCAAGUUAGCAGAGUCUAGUAAUUUUCUGGAUUCUUUAAGUAGGACUGGCCUAUUUCGACUGUUUACGCCUCCCUCUGAGUUCAACCUAGCUGGAGGGAUUAAGGUUCAUAAUGUCACAGCGUUAAAUGGGGAGUCCGCUGCUGGCUACGCCCGUCCUUCCGUUUAUCGGCUGCCUUUGCGCUUGAAAAACUCCGAUUUGCUAUACCAGAAAGCAAUAAGUCAAGCUGUGGGAAACAAAAUUAGGGGGCGAGGUGAUAGUUCCCAAGUAAGACCUCCGGAAAAUAGAUCAUCACGAAUACAUCACGAGAACAAGCCCCCUCACCAGCAACAUCGCUUAACACCCGGAGAAGACAAACAUCAGACGCCAUUCUGCUCUAGACAUCCAGUCGAGUGGUUAGACCGUAUAUUAGAAACCUCGUACGCCACGCGAAACCCCAUAUCGCCAAAACUGUGUGUCUCCAAAGAAACUAUGGCGUUCCUCUGCAGAAACAAGACCUGCUUCUUUGUCGAAUUUCCACGGGAUCGUAACGCCCCCGAGCCUCUUCGAUGCUAUCCCGGCUUUAAAGCAGCUCUUGAGGACAUAUGCGAUCGGUUCGGAGACUUCUAUGCGCCAUUCGCAGCUUACAACGCCGUAACUCGAAUGAUCACUCUCUAUGCGCCUGAGACACCACGCCCGAAGAACAAGUUCAUCGACAACGACACUGCAUUAUUCGACCUCGAACGCGCGCGCUCAGCUUGGGUCAAACCAAGUGCGACCUACUCAUGGUCCAGCCGCACAACUACGAAGAGCACCUCGCAUGAUACCUCAGAGGACCUGACUGAAAGCUCGGAUCAAAGUCGGGCCAGUACCGAGGAGACAGCAGCAACAGACAUUGAAGACUACUGCAAAGAAGAAAACGAGGAGAAAAGGAAAGGCCUUGACAAGAUAGGAACUGAGGCACCUCCCAAACCAUCUUUUAUGGUGGAUAAUGGCAAGGACGAGGAAGAUGUUGUUGACGAGGAAAUGGCAUCACGACUGAAUUUUAUGGGUUGAUUGGUUUUGUGAUCUUGGUACCAACAUCGCCACCUUGGAGAUUCAGGACUUAUAUUACGGUGAUGAAAAAGCAUUACCUGCGCCGUAUUACGGGGUUGGAUUGCAUUGUUAUCGUCACGGACAUCACUAGAAGAUUGUUUUUGAUCCACGGUUGAUGGGGCAGGGAUAGAGGUUCAUGAGAGAAACUGAGGAACGGACAGUAUUUGUCACUGCACAGUUUUAUCCAGGCAUUGCUUCAAA